AUGAUGCAACGCGUAGAAUUGCAGACGCAUCUGUUCUUUAGUCUCAAUGUCCAAUUGUUGAUCAGAGGGGGGUCACAAUUUUUCUUGUCAUUCAGCAGCGUUCUGGUCUGGGUGAUGAAGAAUUUCCUUCUACAUUCGCUGAUAAGUAAGGAGUGUGAAAAAUUCUACAUGGGUAUAAAUGAAAUUCAAUAUAUUUGUGCUACUAUGUUGCGUCGAGAUGGAUGCACGGGUCCGAAGAGGAAAAUGUGCAAGAACAUCAUCCGUUUCAACAGUUGCAUCAGCUAUAAGUUCAACUUGUUCGGCUUCUUCGAGAUAGAUGCUAAGUUCCCGCUAAGAUUUGUUGGUGUAUUAGCUACGUAUGCUAUUGUAUCUUUGCAGUUUUAUUUUAAUAAAUAA